GUCCAUCUUUCCGACAUUUCCUUCACCAGAAACAAAACCCUAAAUUUCAUUCCGACGAAAUCUCAGAAUCCUUUCAAAUUGAACGAAAACUGACCAGUUUUCUAAGAUCAUAGUCAUGGCUGCUAAGAUUCUUGCAAAUCUGAUUGUGAUGGGUUCUGGAAUCUUGGUUAGGGGAUUAGUUCAAGCAUACCGUCAGGCCCUUCAGAAUGCCUCAAAGUCGGGUGUUGCUCAAGAAACGUUACAGAAUGCUGUGCAUAGAGGAAGCAAAGUUAUGACAGAACAAGAGGCUAGACAGAUUCUUGGUGUCAGUGAGCAGACGUCCUGGGAGGAGAUUGCACAGAAAUAUGAUAAUUUAUUUGAGCGCAACGCCAAAAAUGGAAGUUUUUACUUGCAGUCGAAGGUUCACAGGGCCAAGGAAUGCUUGGAGACGUUUUAUCAAGCCAAAGAUGAGCCAGGUGGUCCUGUGGGUUAACGGUGACUUCUUUGACCUUGAAAGCAUUUGUAUAUUUGUAGUCUGAUAGAUGCUGAGAGAUGAAUUUUUGUAUUCUUGAAUUAUGCUUCCGUAAGCCAUUAUUGGCCAUCUUUUCUUGUGACGUAUGAUAACGUUAUACUGGACUACUAUCUACUGUAAUACGAGUAUGAAUAAGUUCGCACUCUUGGUACAUUGUCUUUUAAGCA